ACACUUGCAAAGCUUUUCUUAUAUAUGUGUGGUGUCUCUCUUUGACUUGUCUCUUCCUAUAUCACUAACUAUUUAUGUAUCCAUCUCUCCACACAUCUCUCUCCAUCUCACACACACACACAUCUUCCUGUUUAACACAUUACUAUAUAUGCAUCCCUCAUUCUUAACUUCUUCAUAAUCAACAUCAACACAAAUCCUCUUCUCCUUUAGUGAUCUUCAUCUCUUAAUGGAAGCGUUUGAAGAGGCCAUAGCGGCUUCAAAGGAGCAAUCAUUGAUCUUUAAAGGGAAGCGUACAAAGCGACAACGUCCACAGUCUCCUAUUCCUUUCUCUAUCAUCUCCCCUCCUAUAGUUUCUUCCCAUGCACAUGACAUUCAAGAAGAAUCCAAAAAAGAUGGUGUGAUCACAUCUUCAUCUUCAUCAGCCUCUUGGUCCUCUAACAACAACGCAACUUUGAAGGCUGAAGAAGACGAAGAAGAGCAAGAAAUAGCCAACUGUUUGAUUCUCUUGUCCCAAGGUCACUCUCUUCCCCUACCUAACCACGAAGCAAACAACAAUAACACGUAUAGAUUUAGCAGCAGGAGGUUUCUAGAGACUUCUUCAUCUAACGGUGGUGACAAAGCCGGUUACUACGUUUAUCAAUGCAAAACAUGUGACCGGACCUUCCCUUCUUUCCAGGCUUUAGGCGGCCAUAGAGCUAGCCACAAGAAACCUAAAGCCACGUUAUCCUCAUACUCCAACAUUGACGUUAAGAAGAAUAUCUACGAAAGUAACGCCGUUUCACUCGUCACAACCUCAACUAUUUACAAGAACAAUAACAAUAGAUCGCUUGCCGUGUAUGGUAAGGCUGGUAGCAAUAAGGUUCAUGAAUGUGGAGUCUGUGGAGCCGAGUUUACGUCCGGGCAAGCCUUAGGUGGCCACAUGAGACGGCAUAGAGGCGCGGUGGUUAUUGCUGCGGCGCCGGUUACCACCGUGACAGUGGCCACGGCUGCUGCCAACACGGAGUUAUCAUUGUCUUCUAUGUCGUUCGAUCAAAUAUCUGACGGUCAAGAUCAUUUGGUGAUGCCAGCUACAAAGAGAGCUAAGAAGACGGUCGUGUCAUUGGAUUUGGAUCUGAAUCUACCCGCACCCGAAGAUGAGAAUCGGGUCAACGGGUUUACCUUUGCUUUGAAGCAAAAACAGGAACAAGAACAUCAACCAACGAUGCAAAGAGAAGAACCAAAGUGUCUUCUCAUGUCUGCUCCUACUUUGGUGGAUUGCCAUUACUGAUAAACAUCAUAACCUUAAAAAAAAACAGAAAAUCAUUUUUAAUAUUUUUUCUUCAUUUUUAUUUACUGGGAAAGUGGUAAUUCAUUGUUUGUAUAUCAAAUAUUUUUUUUUUGUAUGUAACCGAUUCUUUGCUUGUUAAAGACUUGCGAGAUUCUU